AUGUAUCGAAUUUUUUUUUCAUUUUUCGACAAUAAAAAGCCUGUUUUCUUCAUACUGCUGAUGAUAAAACAACUAAAAACUCAUUUGAAUUCAUCAUUCGUGAUUGUUCAAAGUAAUGGAUCAGUGAUUUUAUGUUAUGUCUCCUCAUGCAUAGAGCAAAUGCGAAAUAAAUGUGAACUCGUGAAACUCAGGAUUUGGAGGGGGCAUCUCAAAAAUAGAAAUUUUCAAAGAUUUUGCUGGAUUGUAACUUACGACUGGCUAUGCUGUGACUUGAACUCUCCACUCUAAGAUUGCAUAAGACAUUGAUGGUUCUCAUGUUCUUCUCAACUCUUUUGAGAUGCCAAGAGGAGAGGCCGCCACUGAUGACAAAAGUAAAGUUGGGCGAGGUAGGGAAACAUUAUUACAGAGGAACACGAUGGAACAAAGCCCUCUUGGAGGCCAAGGAAGGAAAACAAGAAGGUAAAGAUAAGAUGGAUGAAUGUCGGGAAGGUACCGAGACAACAAACAAUGAUGAGGUCACUAUCACUGUUGACGGAGAAAGAUUCGUCUUCAGUGGAAAACAGCUUGCAGACAAGAGUGACUACUUCGAUGCCAUGUUCUACACGUCAUGUAUGAAAGAAUGUAUUACGCGGCAAGUUGAACUAAAUUACAUAUCUGUGUCAGAUAUGGAAGUGAUCAGAGACUUCAUCGAAGAAAAGCAGCCAGGUCUUAACAAACAAAAUAUAUUGUCAGUAACGUCUGCAGCAACAAUGCUGCAAUUAAAACAUCUUUGUGAAAAAUGUUGUGAAUAUCUUCUGGAGAUGACCGAUCCAUCGAAUUGCCUUAGUGUUAUGAAAUUUGCGGAACAGCAAUCCUUACAACUAGUUCACAACAAAGCAAAGAGAAUUGCUAUGUGGAACCUCCUUGAAGUGGUCGAAAGUGAGGAGUAUUCUAUGCAAACAUUUGCUGAACUAUCAUUGUACCUUGGCAGUGGCGCGUUGAAUCUAGAACUCAAAGCAGAUGCUGUGUAUGCCAUUUUGAAAUGGGCUUGGGCUACUGGUCCAAAUUCUAGAUGCUCCGCGGAAGAUCUCACAUCUCUCCUUGCAAUUUUCUGCCAUGGUGAUGAUGUCAGUUGCAUCAACGAUGUUGUUCAGAAUGCAGAGGAGCUGUCGAAACUUAGUUUGAAGGAAAUAAGAGAGAGGCUUAAGAGUUUGGAUGAAAUGUCUUCCUAUUGUUUCCGCAGACCAUCCUUCCCAAGAGUUCUCCUAGUUGUUGGAGGUGACCUCUUGUUCCAUGAUAGUAAACUUCCCAACACAAAGAUCAGUUACUUGGACCCUGAGACGCAAAAUCUGAAAACCCUGACCAAUAUUCCAUUCCAAGAGGGGAGACCCGCCUGUAGCAUGGGGUACAAAUGUUGUGUUGUAGGCAAAGAUCUAUACAUAACUGGUGGUGAGAAGAACCGAGGGAGAAACCAAUGGUGCCGUGAUGUCUGGAGAUACAAUCCGUUUGAAGAUGUCUGGGAUGUCCCAACAGAGCUGCCUGGGCCAAGACGCCACCAUUGCGUAUGCACGGAUGGGGAGAACAUGUAUCUGAUGGGAGGUUUUGGGAGCUACAGAUACAUCCUGGAUACGACUGAUGUCUACAAUGUUAACACUGGAGAGUGGUCCAGUCUACCUCCAUUACCACGUCCAGAAUUUUCUGCCACCUGUGCCUGCGAUAACGAACGAAUAUACGUCAUAAAGUCGAUCAUUCAAAUCUACACCAAGGCGACGGAUUCAUGGAGUCUGAUCAAUCCACCACUACCAUACAGUAGCAAAAUACAUUCACUGCAUAGUUUUGGCCACAAACUGAUAAUGGUCGCCGAAUUCUCGGGGAAAUUGCUCGAAUUUGACACACGUACUGGACAGAUAGUGGAAGAGAUAGCAACGUUCAAGGAAGCUUGUGGAUCGGGCUGUUUUGUUGAUGGGGUGUUCUAUAUCGUGGGUGGUUCUGACAUGGACGAGUCGGCCUGUGUGGAAUGUUUUCAGACAGUGACCAAGACUGUGGCUAAAUUUGAGGCUGCCAUAGCAAAUCAUGCAUGCCUGGCAUUGCCUUUUUGGUUAAGGGCAUCCUGAUUCAUUGGGGGGCUUUGAAUAACGUGAAUUUUGCCACACCCUGUAUCUUUUUGGCUCUUAUUGUGACCCAGCCUCUUUCAAUGAUGCAUGGACUUUUCUGCCACAGUUUUAAAUGUUGCCCUUCUGAUGGUAAGUCUGUGCAUUUAGGUUAAAAACACUUACCAAAGAUUUUGAUCCCUCUAAUUUGGGGGUGUCUAAGAUAAAGUUAAACACUGCCAACUCCAUGUUAUUGAAAGACUUGUAAGCUCAA